AUCAAUCAGUAGUCUUACUUCCAAGUUAACACAACCAACAUAAGCAAAAUGAUGAAAUUCUUCGCCGUCGUCCUGUGCGCUCUGUUCGCCGCCGCUGCUGCCAGUCCGGGUUUGUUGGCCUACAACGCCCCCCUGACCUACUCCACGCCCCUGGCUUACAGCUCUGUGCCCGCCGCCGCCCCCCUCGCCUACACCGCCGCCUACACCUCUGCCUACGCCCCCUACGUGGCCCCCUACGCCAGCAGCUACAGUGCCCACAAUGUGGCCCACAGUGCCGCCUUCCCAGCCGUCUAUGCUGCCGCCCCUGUGGCCACCAUCCUGAAGAAGUGAGAAGUCCUGCAAGCUGAAGGGAUCCCACAAGUACGGCGCACGUGUCUGUCAGUCGUCGUCACUGUCACGGACUCAGAUACAAACACUGAUGGAGAUACACGCUCCGAGGCAAAGACAAAUAAAAACGCAAUGCAUCAGGCCCACGCACUGAACUACUGAGAAAA